UUGGCGCUGCAAUCGCUAAAAAGUCAACUCUUUGUUAUUGUUGUUCUUUAGUUUCCUGAGUUUCCUGGAUCCUUGCGGUUUUCCUGCGUUUCCUGCACUUCUAAAGGAAAAGGAACAAUAAAUUUCCACAGAGGGUGAAGGAAAAAUGAAUCUGGAACUUCUUGAAUCCUUUGGCCAGAAUUACCCGGAGGAAUUCGACGGGUCCCUGGAUUGCAUCUCACUCGCACUCACGUGUACCUUCAACAGAUACGGAACCCUCCUGGCUGUGGGAUGCAACGACGGGAGGAUUGUCAUUUGGGACUUUCUAACGCGUGGCAUUGCAAAGAUAAUCUCAGCUCAUGUUCAUCCUGUUUGUAGUUUAAGUUGGUCCCGGAGUGGGCACAAGCUUCUUUCAGCCUCAACGGAUAACAAUGUGUGCAUUUGGGACAUCCUUAAUGGGGAUUGCGAGUACAAAUUCCGUUUCCCAUCACCUGUUCUCAAAGUUCAAUUCCAUCCACGUGAUUCAAAUCGCUUCCUUGUCUGCCCAAUGCGCUAUGCAGCUGUUCUCGUGGAAAUUGGUGGAUCACACAAAUUAGUUCCCCUGGAUCAGGAUGGAGAUUUGAACAUAAUUGCCACAUUUGAUCGUCGUGGAGAGUAUCUAUUCACGGGGAAUGGCAAAGGGAAGGUUCUGGUCUUCAAGACGGAAACAAUGGAAAUUGUGGCGACUUUUAAGAUCAUUGUGGGUGCCUCCAGUGUAACAGCAAUCAAGAGUAUUGAAUUUGCACGACGUGGAGAUGCCUUCCUCAUCAAUUCCUCAGACAGAAUCAUCCGGAUCUAUAGUAUUAGGGAUGUGCUUGCGUGUGGGAAGAAUGGGGAACCAGAAGCAGUUCAGAAGCUCCAGGAUUUGGUGAAUAAAACAACGUGGAAGAAGUGCUGCUUCUCCGGGGAUGGUGAGUACAUUUGUGCCGGAAGUGCCCGUCAGCAUGCUUUGUAUGUGUGGGAGAAAUCCGUGGGGAAUCUCGUAAAGAUUCUCCAUGGCACCAAAGGGGAGCUCCUACUGGAUGUUGUUUGGCACCCCGUGCGUCCAAUAAUUGCCAGCAUUAGCUCGGGGCUUGUGUCCAUUUGGGCGCAGAAUCAAGUGGAGAAUUGGUCGGCAUUUGCGCCGGAUUUCAAGGAAUUGGACGAGAAUGUGGAGUACGAGGAGCGAGAGUCUGAGUUUGACAUAACAGAUGAGGAUAAAUCCAUCGAUAUGAGCAAUGAGGCGAAGAUGGAUGAGGAGAUUGAGGUGGAUGUGUGUCGUGUGGAGCAAAUUGCAGCCUUCUGUAGUUCCGACGAGGAGUAUGAUGACUCGAAUUCCCUGCAAUUCCUCCCAAUGGCACCGGAAGUGGAAGAUCCGGAAGAAGGAUGGAAUUCACAGGAAAAUCCACCUCAAGGGGAGAAUGGUGAGAAUGCAGCUCCGAAUGGGAAUCACGUCAACAGGAAGAAGAAAACAAAAACGUACGACAUUCAUUUGGAACAUUCACCUGCAGAUGAACAACAUCCUCUGCUGCAGAAUCGCACCAAGGAGAAGCAGCCCAUUGCCAUGAAGAAGGGCAAUGCCCGAUCACGAAAAUAAAGGAAUUUCUGACAAUAAAAUCGUCAUUUUAUCAUUUUUAUUGUUUCUAAAA